AUGCAUGAUAUACUAUCAUUUGUAUUGCAUGUUCAACACAUCGCUGGUGGGAAAGAGUAUUAUAACUAUCAGACUUCGCCUUGGGUAACUAAUGGGAAAGCACCAGAUCAUGGUGUGCAUGUACCACCACCGUCAGGAGGUGGUAGCGGUGUCAGCAGCGGCUGGGGUUCACAAGUACCGCUGCGAGAACAGAUUUAUAGCGGUGAAGCGAGCUCACAGUUCUCAGGCCCACACCAUCCUCCUCCUUUUCCACCUCCAUCACCAAAUAUCUCACUUGGAUUCAAUAAGAGCACUUUCACUUAUGAGGAGCUGAUUGCUUCUACAAAUGGAUUUUCUCAGGCCAAUCUGAUUGGUCAGGGUGGGUUCGGAUAUGUGUACAAGGGCGUCUUACCAACUGGAAAGGAGGUUGCAGUUAAGAGUUUAAAAACUGGUAGUGGACAAGGAGAGAGAGAAUUCCAAGCUGAAGUUGAAAUAAUUAGCCGUGUUCACCAUCGCCAUCUUGUGUCAUUAGUUGGAUAUUGCAUUGCCGGCGGGCAGCGGAUGUUGGUGUAUGACUUUGUUCCCAAUAAAACCUUGGAAUAUCAUCUCCAUGGAAAGGAUCGCCUUGUCUUGGAUUUUCCCACUAGACUUCGGAUUGCGUUAGGCUCUGCUAAAGGGCUUGCUUAUCUGCAUGAAGAUUGCAAUCCACGCAUUAUUCAUCGUGAUAUCAAAGCGGCUAAUAUUCUACUUGAUAACAACUUCGAGGCCAUGGUUGCUGAUUUUGGGUUGGCUAAGUUGUCAUCUGAUAACUACACUCAUGUCUCGACACGGGUGAUGGGAACAUUUGGGUACAUGGCUCCGGAGUAUGCCUCAUGCGGCAAGUUAACAGAUAGAUCCGAUGUUUUCUCAUUUGGCGUGAUGCUUUUAGAACUCGUAACUGGAAAGCAACCAGUUGACGAUACAAUGGACGACAGCUUAGUAGAUUGGGCUCGACCACUUUUGUCUCGUGCACUGGAAGAUGGCAACUUUAAUGAGCUGGUUGAUCCGCGCCUGGAGAUGAACUACAACCAUAACGAAAUGCAACGCAUGAUAGCCUGCGCUGCUGCAAGCAUCCGACAUUCCGCAAGAAAGCGCCCCAAGAUGAGCCAGAUAGUGCGUAUCCUGGAAGGAGACUGUUCCCUGGAUGACCUGAACGAGGGAACAAAGCCAGGGCAAAGCACAAUUUUCGGAGCCAGUGGAGAGUACAGCAGCAGUGCAUACAAUGCUGACAUGCAGAGGUUCAGACAAUUGGCACUUGGGAGCCAAGAGUUCUCCAGCAGCGAAUACGGAACUUCCAGUGGCGAGAACUCGAGAGAGGUGGGACCUGGAGACAAGCGAAAGAACAACACCUGAGCUGCCCGAUCCAAACCAAAAGAUAUCUCAUU